CAUCAACGCAACUAAAUCUAUUGGAUAAUGACAAUUUCGAAUAAAGAUUUACUUUUUAAAGUUUAGCUUCAUAAUCCUUUUUUUCUACAAGUAGUGAAUACUGUAAUCACUUAAUUCUCUUCAGGAAUUUUAAAGGAAAGUACUCAGUCGAAACAUCUGUCAGCAGAGUUCUUGUAUUAGUAGUAAGUUGACGUGCUGAAACAUGAGAAGAAAUAAUUUCUACCAACCAGUGGUGUUUAGCUAAACUAAUCCAAUCAGCUAUUUUCUAUAUUAAAAUUUUUCUGAUUGCUACUGCUCUGAGCUUCAGUAAUGAUGGUGUUUUUUGUUGUUGUUUAAAGUGGCGGAGUCGCUACUCUCAUGCCCAACCUCUCCUCUUUAUCGGGCUUACUCACAGGCUAAUAAACUAAGUGUGGUUUUGGAGUGCAUUGGAUACGAAUCAGAUUUCAGACUACAGUAUUUCAUUUGAUUGAUCUCAACUACAGAUAAAUUUUUAAAAUAAACGCAACAAAUUAACACCUCAAUUAUGUUGACAACAGCAUUAAAUUUUCUCUCAGACAAACGAAAACGCUUUCAUCGUUCGGAUACAAUGCCAAUUUUUACCAAUGAUACCAGUUCAUUUAAAUUAAAUUCAGAUAAUCAACUGGUUGAGAAUGAUGAACUAUCCGUUAAAGAUAAAGAUUGUAAUAACGAAGAACAACAAGAAGUGGGUAUAGUUUCUGCCAGAGGUUAUAAAAAAAGUAAUGUUCAUCAUCAAAAUCAAGUCACACUAGGCAAAAGUGUUUGCUAUCAAGGAGGAUUAUUAUUGUCGACAAAAAGCUGUGCAGCUGGCCGACAGUCAGGAAACGAUGACAAUGAUGAUUGUGAUGACGAUGAAGAUGAGGAGGAUGAUGAUGACGAUGGUCACUGUGACAAUGAUGAUUAUAAUACUAAUUCAGCAAAACUUCCAACAUUUUCAUCAAAUGAGAAGUACAAUCUUGGACGAAUAAAAAUGUUGAAUAAGCAACAUCAUUCAGUGAAUAAUUUAGAUAAAUAUAAAUUCCUGGACCUUGAAACAAACUUACAACGUCAUCAAAAAAAUCUGUCAAACAGUCCUCCUCGCGAAAACAUUCCAUAUGGUCACUUAUCUCAUGGUUAUAGCCUAAGUAAUGUACAGGUUACGUCGAAUCAAACUGGUUCAGAAACCAGUGUAUUUUCAUCAGCUAAUCUUUUGAAGAAAGGUUUUGGUGGUGAGAACUCCACCUUGAAAGGCGGUAAAAUUCACAAUAUCAGAUUCAUCCGUCCUCCAGUUGAAUUAAAUGAAUCUCAACCGUUAAUUUCAGGUGAUCUCGAUAACGAACAAAUGUCUUAUACCAGUUCAAAAACGAAUUCAUCAGGGAAGUCUAAGGUAGCCAAAAUGCGAGCAAGAGCAGCUGCAAGAGCAGCAAAAGGCAAACUUAAACGCUCUAAGAGUAGUGCUUACAUGUCAAGGCAAUUUCGAAACCCACCUUUAGAGGAUAGUAGCAUAAGGGGACGCUCUUCUAGUACCCAUCGUAAAUCUAAUAAUAAUAAUCUUCAGGAAAAUCAAUCACUACAAAAUUCCACUGAAAACAAAUCACGCUCUGGUUUAGUUAGAGGUUGGAUUGAUAAAAAUGCUUCCACGAAAUUAGAUUCAUCACUUCAAAGUAACAUACAAACUGGCAAUUUAAGUGAGAUAGUGGAUAUUAGUGAAGGCUUUGAUCAACUUAUAAAUAAGGCGAAUACGUACAAAUUUCAAAUUAUUAAUGCAUUAGAACAUUCCAAAUCACUUACAGAAUCAAAAGAGAUUAGCAAUGAACUCCAAACUGAUCAAAAAACAUCUUGUUUAACAGAUAAUCAGUAUGCGCCUAAAAUCUUGUCAAGCAGACAAGUUAUUGCCUCAACAAACAGUACCGUUAAACCUAAUCGAUAUUCUGUUGUCAGAAAGCUGAGAAGAAACAAUUCUAGCAUAACUUGUUCUAGUGAACAAAUAUCAACCUUACAUGAAGAUCAAAGUAUUGUGUCUACAAACUCUACAGCUGGUGAUCUAUUAUUACCCUCAAAAAAUUAUAAAACAGAUAAAUUUACUUUUGAAGAAAAAGAUGAAAAUGCAAAGAAUUUAAUUGUAAAAUUGUUUACUAUUAUAAAAUAUGAUGAUUUUGAUCAAUUUAUAAAGCUGCUUGAUCACUAUCAACGAUUAAGUGAACCUAGUCUACGGCAAGUUCAAAAAGCCACAAAUGAAUUCGGCUUAAGCGCAUUGGAUAGUGCUCAUCUAACAUCCUCCCUACCAUUAAUCUCAUGUCUAUUAGUCUGUGGUUUUUUACCAGGUCCUGUACUUCAACCAAUUUUAAAUUCAAGUACAAAAUCUUAUUCACAUAAAAUAGACACAAUGGGUAGAUAUUUAGAAAAUUUACUGGAAGAGAAAGAAAUUCAACUGACUAAGUAUAAAGUUGAGACAAAAAAUGCAAUUUUACGAGCAAAUCAUCUAUCCAAGAUUGAAAUGCAGAAAGAUUUUAGCAGUUCAAUACAAUUAAAUCAACAAUGCGAACAAUUUAAUAAUAGUAAUAACACAAUAGCAUUCGCUGAAGUUGCUAUGAGAGAGAAAGAAUUACAGGCUAUGCUGGAGGAAUAUGAUUAUCUAUCUAAGCUUAUUGAUAAUUACAGCAAAUAUCCAAGAUAUACUAAACCUCCGAGUAAGGUGAAUAUCUUUCUUAAUUCUUCAAAUUCUAUAUUAAUUCGAAUAACUCCACCAAAAAAUGAUAGAUUCACUGAAAUCAGUCUUCAGAAUUCAACUGGUAAAGCUACUAGUGAUGAUGAUAAUAAUAAUAAUGAUAAUAACCCUUUAGGAGAUACCAGAAGUGAAUAUGAGAUCAACUUUGAUCAGAGUUCAUGUGAUUCAACUGAUGAUAAUAAUAAUGAUAAUAAUGAUGAUAUUAAUCUCAUUCAAGAUUCAAUAAAUGAAGGAAGAAAAAUUAAUGAUGUAAAUAAAAUUCAUUCAAAUAAUUUUAUUUUACGCUAUUGUAUUGAAUGGUCUACAUGUCCGAAAUUUUCUAAUUCUCAAGUGUACAGUUAUCUAGUUCAACCGCCUAUUCGUAUCAAUAGACCACAUUCACAAGCAAUAAAUAAAGUUAAUCAGUCUACUUCUCUACGUGUAGGCUUCUAUUGUAUCAAUAAUCUACCUGAGAAUAAAAUGAUUUUUAUUCGCGUAUUUGCUUUUUCAAUCCGUGGAUGGUCUCAACCAUGUUAUGCUUAUCCUAAGGGAUUAGUAUUAUCAUCAUGGAUAACUAAUAAAAUUUGUGAUUUAUAUCGUACUACAAUACAACGGGAUAAUUCUUUAUCCUUAUCCUAUACAAAAUAUGUUGGAGGCACAUUGGAUGAAGAGAUUUCUACAGUUAAAAAUCAUUUAUGCCAACAACUUUCAUCGUGGGCACAUAACUAUCCAGUGAAUUCAAAUGUCAACUGUAAUACUGCGAAUCCAGCAGCAGCAGCGACAACAAUAACAACAGCAGUGGCGACAGUACCAUCAUCAUCGUCAUCAACUACAACAACAACAACCACAACAGGUGUUCCGGUCAAUAUUUCUGAAGAAACCACUAGUAAACGGACGAAAUCACCAAUGUUACAAAGAAAGCGUUCAUUUCGAUUUCCAUUCUCUAAUAAAGGCUUGAAAUUUAUUCGACAAACUAAAUCUGGUGUUUAUCUAGCUGUAUUAUAUCAUACGCCAACAAUAUCAUCCAAUAUAACAUCAUCAAAUGAAUCAGAAAAAUUUAAAUACAAAUCAAAAAUUGUCCUAGCUGAUGACUACAUUCCAAUCUUGAAUAUCUCCCGAGAAGAUCAAACCAAUGAGUCAGUAUUAAAUUCUGAUUUUAAUUGGCUAUCGCGAAUUGUUUCUGAUUCAUUCUACGAUAUGGAUAUACAAUUUUUAUAUGAAGAUAUACCGAAUACUUCAUUGCCGACAAAUUUACAACUCCGGGUACGAUUAUUAGAAACUUUACAAAGAUUAAAAUUAUUAUUGGGUACAUCAAAUCUUGGCAGUAUCUAUCCAGAGAUUAUACGUGUACAAACAAUUGAUACAUGUUUAACAAAUUAUUUAAAGCAACCUAAACAUGAAACAUUAGAUAAUUGCGAAAAUGCAUCAACACCAAAAGUAUCCACUGAAACAAAUGAUUCAACUACUACUUCUACAAGUUAUGAAAGUAGUAUAAAACCAACUGCAUCAUUUUUAUUUGUUCUUAUCAAACAAAUUAAUAAUCCAAGUGAAAUUGUGCUUACUGGUAAUCUAAGAUGGUGUUAUUUAGACAAAUUUUUACGACAAAAUAAAAUUAAACUUAAUAAGUUCUUUCAAACACAUUCGAAUAUAUUAUUUUCAAAUUAUAGUAUUAAAACAAAUAUGACUAAGAAUAUUUUACUGCCCACCUUGUAUCCACAUCUAUUAACAACUCGUAAUAAUCAAGUAUAUAUAUCACCUGAAUGUCAGUUGAUUGCUAAUUUAGACAUACUCUUAGGUUAUUCAGAAUUGCAUAAGCAUCUUUUAGAACCAGGCUUAUAUGUUGUUCAUGUACAAAUGAAAGCGCAUCUGGAUCAACAAGCUGCAAUACUAGUCUCGAAUACACCUAGUGUAAUACAUAUGCUACCAGCUGAAAAAAUCCGUUCAAGAUCACAUGUAAGUUAUAGUGAAUGGUACAGUCUAUGCAGAUUAGUUGAGAAAACAGAUGAAAAAACUGAAGAGAAUUUUUUCAAUUUUAAAAAUUCAGAUAAACGAUUUAUUAUCCAGUUGAUUAAAGCAAUAUUUAAAUUAGCCAAUCGUUUAUGCUAUGAUAUCAACGAUAUGAAAAUGUUUCGUAUAUUUUUACCAGAAAUUAUAAGAAUAUCACCAGUACAUGCAUUUAUUUUAUUAUUCCCGUCAAUAGAUCAAGUUUGUGUACCGCCAACAUUGAAUACACCGCCACCACCAACAUGUUCAUGGAUUCCAAUGACAUAUUUUGAAAGAAAUUUAGGCCUUAAUUAUGAUCCGCUAUUUCAUAAUAAAAUUCAACAUUUAAUAUCACUUCUAGAAUUAAUAAUUCCAUUAUCACAAUUUGCACAAAGACAAUGUUUAACAGAAUCGAAUUUAUCCCAAUUAUCUGAAAGAACUCAAUCCUUACAAUCGAUACAAACAAAUCUAGAGAAUAUGUUUCAAACAAGACGAUGGUUAAGUGAAACAAUAUCAGUUGGACGUGAUCGUAAAAAAUUGUUUCACUUUCAUAUUAAUCUAGAACAAAUUUUAAAUGAAUAUCAUAGCAUUUUAAAAACUACUUUGAUUAAACUAAAUCUAGACUCUUUAACUGAUGAAACAAUUGAAUUCAAUAAAGCUUCAAGAAUUGCUGAACCUGCUACCGCCUUAAUGAUUACCGAUAAAACUAAACUAAUCAGAUCAUCAUCUGUACACAGUGAUUUAGCCGAUACUCUACCAACUUCUGAACGUGUAGAUAUAAACAAUCUGCCUUCUUCACCAGCUGAACCAAAAUAUAAGGUAAGCAAUGCAGUGAUACAAGUUUAUGCAGAUUAUCCAACAGGAUUAACAUCUGGUGUCUCUGUACGUCUGCUUAUCAAUAUGCGUACUACAGUUAAAGAAGUGAUAGAAAUUGUUGUAAAACAGUUGUUAGAAACUGCUGAAAGAAAAUAUAAUAAAGCAAGUGAUAAUUCAGAACUCUCUUCAGCUUUAUCUUCUUUUGAAAUGCUACGAAAUAAUACAGAAAGUAAUUUAGAGAAUCAUUUAUACUGUUUAACUGUAUCUGUCGGUCAACUUGAACGUUGCCUACCAAAUACAGUUCGUCUAUUAUUACUUAGAAGGCCAUGGAGAUUUGGGAAAUUAACAAUUCGUCUUGUUAACAAUCUGUCAGAAAGUAUAUCACAACAAAAAUUACCAUCAUCAUCAAGUCAGGAACCCACCAGUCCAUCUUCUGAAUUAACAAACUUCCCUUCAGCAGUUGACAAAAGUAUAUCUCCAUUAGUCAGAGUCACCUAUGUUGAACCUAAUCUUAAACAGGCUAGUAUCACUUCACCUCCAGAGGUUUUACACUGAAGAUCUUCUACGUCUUUUUGUUGCUCAAUACAAUUUUUAAAAUAUAUAAAUACACAUAUAUAAUAAAUGCAAGAUCUGUUUAUAUUUGAAUACAAUUAUCUAAUUAUUUUAAUUCGAAGUAUUCAAACUCCUUGACAAUUCAAUGUUGUACAUUUUUGUGUAUUUCUGCAACCAUCAGAAUCCUCCACAACAACAACAACAACAUAAGCAAUAGAUAGAAAAGUAGUAAAGGAUAAUAAAUUAAUUAAUUAAUAAUUGUAAUUAGUUAAUUUAUUUAUUAUCUAAAUGUGUUACACAAUCCUUUAGUCUUUCGUCAAUUGACUUUCUGUUCUACCUUACUGUUUGUUUCUUUUCGUUGUUUUUUUAAAUUUUUUUUUGUCUUUCUAAUUUCUUAUCCUUUGUAUAUUUCCAGAAUAUACUACUUUAUUAUUACUGAAGAAAAACAGGAAAUACUCCUUUUUGUGUGUGUGUGUGCUUUUCGUUCUUUUCCAGGAAGGCGGUUAGUUGGUACAUAAUUCACAUUUUACAGAUUGUAAAAUUACACUGGCCUUUUUAACUGUGUACUAUUUCUAAAGGGUAAUAAUAAUGAUGAUAUAAAAUUUUGUAAUAAAAAAACGUUUUUAA